CCCUCCAGCCUCCCUCCUGACACUUGUGCUAAAUAUUAGCAGGCUUGAUUUAUUCGGGCCAAGUAGCAGCACAAAGUCACACCUGCGGCCACGACUCAACACACAAAUCUCAGUUUGGUGCCUCUACUGAAAAAACAAAAAAGAAAAGGAAAAAAAAAGAAAAGCAAAAACAUUUGGGGUUUGUUUGCUUUUUGCCCUCUUUAUCCGGCCUCCUUCAGCUCCAACUUGACGCCUGUUGCGCAUCGACCGCAGCCGCCGACAGGUCACCAUCGCCGGGCUGCCAAAGGCUGCAAGUCGGUCCGGUUCGCCGGUUGACCAAAAGGGACGAUGCGUCGCCGCGCGAGCUGAGCGUGGACUCGUUAGGUUUGGCGGGGCGACGGAAAGAAACGAAAGCGAGAUCAAGAUUUAUCACUUUUUUUAGACUAUUUUUUUUUAAGAGACGGUUUUUCCAGCUUCAACCUUCAGCAUUUUUCCAUGAUGAGCAAACCUGCCGGCUCAACAAGUGGCUGUUUGGAUAUUCUCAAUGUCAAGUCAAGUCGCAUUUUGGACAUCCCGUGCAAAGUGUGCGGAGACCGCAGUUCGGGCAAGCACUACGGCGUCUACGCCUGCGACGGCUGCUCGGGCUUCUUCAAAAGGAGCAUUCGCCGAAAUAGAACUUACGUGUGCAAGUCUGGCUCUCAGGGUGGGUGUCCUGUAGACAAAACUCACAGAAACCAAUGCCGAGCAUGCCGCUUGAAAAAGUGCCUGGAAGUCAACAUGAAUAAAGACGCCGUCCAACACGAGAGGGGACCCCGAACGUCCACCAUCCGAAAACAGGUGGCCCUGUAUUUCCGAGGUCAUAAAGAGGUCAAUGGGUCGUCUACGCAUUUCCCAGGCGCUUCCCUGCCGGGGCCCCCCUUCUUCACCACAGUCACACAACUGGAGCCUCACAAUUUGGAUAUGAGUACGGUGGCUAGCACACCAGAGAGGCAGGCCAUCGUGGGCCUGGCACAGCCAACCCCAAAGUACCCCCACGAAGUCAGCGCCACCCCCAUGUACCUGUACGAGGUGGCCACGGAGUCGGUCUGCGAGUCAGCCGCCCGCCUCCUUUUCAUGAGCAUCAAGUGGGCCAAAAGUGUGCCGGCCUUUUCCACGCUGCCCUUAUCUGACCAGUUGAUUCUGUUGGAAGACGCAUGGAGGGAAUUAUUUGUCCUGGGCAUCGCGCAGUGGGCUAUCCCCGUGGACUCUACGACUUUACUUGCCGUUUCUGCAGGGAUGAACGGCGAAAACACGGAAUCCCAGCGGAUGAACAAGAUCAUGUCCGAGAUCCAAGCGCUUCAAGAGGUGGUCACCAGGUUCCGACAAAUGCGGCUGGACGCAACAGAGUUCGCCUGUUUGAAAUGUAUCGUGACGUUCAAAGCCGUCCCAACACAGGGGGGUGGAGAGUUGAGGAAUUUCCGCAACGCCAGUGCCAUCGCUGCGCUACAGGAUGAGGCACAGCUUACGCUCAACAGCUACAUACACACCAGGUACCCAACUCAACCGUGUCGUUUCGGCAAGCUACUGCUGCUCCUGCCUUCCUUGCGCUCCGUCAGCCCGUCCACCAUCGAGGAGGUUUUCUUCAAGAAGACCAUCGGCAACGUGCCCAUUACCAGGCUUCUGUCCGACAUGUACAAAUCCAGCGACAUAUGACCUCACCAGUCAACCCGCCUGCUUGGAAAAAAAAAAGAAAAAAGAAAAAAAAAAAAAAAGACUUGAACACGAGGGGUGGGGGGGGCAACCCCUUCUCAAGACUCACCUAGCAGGCUGCAGAGUUAGCAGAAGCAACAUCUGUAUGAAAGAAAACACAGCCAAAAAACCAGUUCAUCAAGUAGCCUGUUAACAGUGGCUCUAGUUAAAGGAUUAGUGUAACCGCCCUGAUAGAUUUACCUUUAAAGAAGCAGUGGACUGGACAGAGGAAAGCUAUUCAUGUAUAAAUACAGAUGACUGAAAACUCUGGGGAGCAGCUGCCAAGUGACAUAACAAAGACAUGUUCUAUAUGAAAAUAACUGCAAGUGUCUGGGAGACCAAUGAGCUUGACGACCAAUUUAAUAUUUUAUUGCUGUGUUCAAUCCUAUUGGAAGACUACCCCCUCUCUCUCUCGAAAAAAAAAGACCCACGGGCGAUGUCAUUUAUAUUAACCCCCCCCCCCCCCUUCUCAUCUAGUGUUGAAAUCAAACCCAUGCGGCAAUACAGAGGAAAUGACUAUUGUGGGAAAGGGGGGGGGGGGUCCCCUCAAUGGACAUGCAACUACAGAUUGAGUUUGUAUUUAAGUGUUUGUAUCCAGGUGCAACAUUGAAAUGUUUAGGUCAACAAAAACGUUAGACAUGGAUUUAAAAAACCAAUAUUCAGCACUUGGGGAGCCGUUUGGUGGAAUAAUAUGGUGGUUUUAUUCCAUUGUAAAAACGUGGGAGUUAUAACUACUUGGAAGAGGUGAAACCAUUUGAAUAAAAGGACAGUGAAUUAAAUUUUUCCUAAAUGGUAUUAAUUUAAAAAGUAAUCUAGUGUGCUGCCACUUUUUUU